UUUGGCGUCCACACAGAUUGAAAAAAUAUUACAAGAGAAAUUUCUAUGUAUUUAGAUCAAUAGGACAUUAGAAUUUCCUGAUGAUUUUUACUCCAGUGACGUUUUAAUAACACGAUUAUGUUAUUUUAGUGAUUUAUUUUUCGGAGAUUGUGUAAGGUGUGUUAUAGUAAACAUCGGGACGUGAACGCAGGCCCACGUCUAUGACUUGUUAUUGGCAGCAUGGCGGAAAUAGUGUACCCGCAAGGCUGCCGCCCAAUCACCGAUGACCUCGGACCCGACGAGCUUGUGAGAAGACUUAAAGUAUUAGCCCAUACGUUACAAGGUCUCGGGCAAGAUGAGGGUAUGUACCAACAGUACAUACCGCUCGCCCUGCAUCUGGCUGAUGAGUUUUUUCUCACUCAUUCUUCUAAGGACGUCCAGCUGUUGAUAGCUUGCUGCAUAGCUGACGUCCUACGGGUGUACGCGCCGGAAGCGCCAUACAAAGACCAGGAACAGGUCAAAACUAUAUUCUUGUUCCUCAUAAACCAACUGCAAGGCCUGCGUGAUCCAAAGAAUCCGGCCUUCAAACGCUACUUUUACUUGUUGGAAAAUCUUGCCUACGUCAAGUCAUUUAAUAUGUGCUUCGAACUCGAAGACUGUCAGGAGAUAUUCUGCGCUCUCUUCUCAUUGAUGUUCAAGAUCGUUAACAUAGAGCAUUCGACCAAAGUGAAAGCGUUCAUGUUAGACGUCCUGUGCCCGUUGAUCACGGAGUCGGACGUCGUGUCCAAUGAGUUGCUGAACGUGAUAUUGAUCAAUCUAGUCGAACCGAACAAGCGGGAACACAAGCACGCCUUCGCACUAGCCAAGGAACUCAUCGUGAAGACCAGUGAGACUCUAGAGCCUUAUAUCCAAGCGUUUUUCAAUCACGUUCUAAUACUUGGCAAAGAAGAGAAGAGCCUUUUGAUAUUUUCGAAAGUCUACGAGCUAAUAUACGAGCUGUACCAGUGUUGUCCGUCUGUGUUACUAUCCGUGUUGCCGCAGCUCGAAUGCAAGCUGAAGUCUGCUCAUUUCCAAGAGAGGCUCAGUGGCGUCGCUUUAUUAGCUAGAAUGUUCUCUGAACCGGGCUCGCAGCUGGCCAAACAGUACCCGGCUCUGUGGCGGGCCUUCCUCGGCAGGUUCAACGAUAUCUCCGUACCGAUACGCAUCAAAUGCGUUCAGUACUGCAUGCACUUCCUCGUCCACCACCCGGACCUGAGGAAGGACAUAACCGAGACCCUGAAACUGAGGCAGCACGACGCCAACGAACAGGUCCGGUAUGAGGUCGUCAUGGCGAUCAUCGCGACGGCCCAAAGAGACUUCCAAGCGGUCGCCGAGUCUGAGGACCUCCUUCAUUUCGUAAAAGAAAGAACGUUAGAUAAGAAGUUUAAAAUCAGGAAAGAAGCCAUGUCCGGCCUGGCCAUGAUCUACAAGAAGUUCUUGACCGAAGAAAGCGUGCCGGCCGCUACCGAGAAAGCGGUCCAGUGGAUCAAAGACAAAAUUCUACACGGUUAUUACAUGACGGCGUUAGAAGACCGACUUCUAGUCGAGAGGCUUCUGAACACUUCGCUGGUUCCGUACACGUUACAGUCUGCGGUACGGAUGAAGAAGCUGUACUACUUGAUGUCUAAUGUAGACGACAACGCCACGAAAGCGUUCAUUGAGUUACAGAAGCACCAACUCGCAGUCCGGCGCACGGUCGCGGAAUGGAUCGAGUUGCACAGGAAGCCGCCGUCGCCGUCCGUUCAAAAGGAAUUGAUCGCUAAAGUCUUGCACAUAAGUACCAAAUUCCUUCCCGAGUCGGUGAAGGCGCAGGAGUUCCUGAACAAGUUCUCGCAGCACAUGAAGCAGUCGCCGGAGCUGUUGCAAGGAAUGGAGACGAUACUAAAUCCGAAUGUUAGCUGUGAAGUGUGCGUUCGCACUACUUCAAACGUCCUAAAGAAGCUCGGUCAGCCGGUGAUGACGAACUUGUACUACAACACUGUCAAGAUGCUCUUGGAGCGGGUCAGCUCGGUGAUGAUCGACCACGAGUCUCUGCUGAUACUGGUCGAAUACGUCGAGGGCUCCGUCACCGGCAUGAACACGACCAUAGCCGAGGAAUGCGGUAUCGACACGAAGAAGGCGGCGGAGCGCGGGCUGAAGCUGCUGGUGAUGCUGUCGUUCGUGUUCCCGGCGCACUUCCUGCACGAGGACGUGCUGACCCGCCUCACGUGCAUGCUGGAGCUGGACGACGAGGCCGUGGCGCCGCACAUCCUCGCCGCGCUCACCUUCCUCGGGAAAUACAGGCCGCUUAGCGAAGCGUGCCCCGCCCUGUUCCCGCGACUGAUCACCCUGUGCAAAGCCUACGCCGAGGUGGGCUCACCAAAACAAGCCAAGAAUGCUGUCAGGUGUUUAUUUGUAAACGUGCCAGAACAAAGGACCCAAAUAUUCACGGAGAUAUUAGAAACGUUGAAAGCCACAUUGAAUCCGUAUUCAGAACACUACCGGACCGCCAUCGUCACUCUGGGACACAUCGCGCACAACCUGCCCGACAACUUCCCCGUUCACAUCAAGAACAUUGUGUCUAGGAAGAUCGUAAAGGAGCUGCUGGUGCGCGAGGGGGGCGGCGCGACGGGCGGGGCGGGGGAGAGCUGGUGCCCGGAGCCCGAGCUGCCCGAGGAGACGCGCUGCAAGCUGGAGGGGCUCAAGUGCAUGGCGCGCUGGCUGCUCGGCCUCAAGAAGGACGAGCUCUCCGCGCAGAAGACGUUCCGGAUGCUCAACGCCUUCAUCGUGCACAAGGGAGAUCUGCUGCAGCAAAAUCGGUUGUCGAAAGCGGAGAUGGCGCACCUGAGGCUGGCCGCCGGCGCCGCCAUGCUCAAGAUAUGCGAACAGAAGGGCGUCGGCGACCAGUUCACCGCAGAGCAGUUCUACAACCUGUCUCACCUUAUGGUCGAUGAAGUACCACAAGUGAGGGAAGCUUUCGCUGCUAAACUACACAAAGGAUUAUCUAAGGGCAUACCGAACAAAUGUCUGCCGUUAGACUUCAUGGGCAUGUACGCGUUGGCCGGCAGAGAGCCCGACAAGCGCAUACGGAGCGUCAUCCGGCAGUUCAUGAUGGCCGACGUGGUGAGGAGACGGGAGUACGUUAGGAACAUCACAGUCGGCACCAAAGUGGAGCGCGCGGUGUCGCAGCUGCCGCACAUCCUGCCCGACUACAUGCUGGUGUUCGCGGUGCCCGUCCUCACGCACGACCCCGCCUUCACCGCCUACGACAACGUCGCGCAGCUCAAGAUAAUCAAGAACUGUCUCUGGUUCACGUUGGAGCCGUUAAUAACCCGUAACGAUUUCUACUGCUACGGAUUCUACAAAAGUCUAAUUGAACGUAUGAAAGUUCAUAAAGACGCGGUGAAUGAGAUGGACGACGCAUUAAAUUACAAAUUAUGGGCGGUUUGCGAUUUGGCCAUGUCCGUGAUAUGGGCGAGGUCGACGAGCUUCGAGCUUCGCGAGUUCCCGUCGGACGCGCGCAUCCCUACGAUGUACUUCGCGCCGCAACCAGAAGACUUCGUCAACACCAGGGUCUUCCUACCGCCCGAACUACAGCAUCCCGGAGGAGAGCUUGGGUUCCAACCGAAGAGGGUGGCGAUCGCGCCGGCACAGGACGAAACGCGCAUCAGGAAACGUCCGCGAUUAGAACGAGAGAACACUAAUGAUGUAGAGCCUUCGGAAGCGUCGGAAACCCAGAUCCAGCUGCCGGGCUUGGAACAGACCCCGGAGACCGACAUUGACGAGAUGCAGACGAAACGCGAGUGACGCGCCCCAAGCACGCCGAAUCAAAACAACUCCAUUAUUGGGUGCACAUCUGCGCGGAGUAAAGCUGAAUACAAAUUUCGAUCGUUUCAAGUUUCGGCAAAUCCCGCGCUCCUCCCGCCUGAUACAUUAAAGCGCGACACACGCCUAGUUGUAAAUAAACGUAUUUUACGUAAUAUACUAAUAAUGUUUUUGCUAAACGAACACCAGACUUGUACACAUGCCCUGAAGAUUGAAAUUACCAAAACAUGUCGAACGCAACUCACUCAUCGGAUUCCCGUAGUAAGCGUUAAAUAUUUUACACACGCAAUAACAUGAGGUUAAUGAGAAUAUUUAAUCAAUUUAUCAACUUUUCCUGAAUGUAUAACAAAAUUUAAUAAGUUCAUUAUUGUUUUCGUCUAAUAUUAUGGAAAUCACUGUGAGAUCACGUUAUUAUUUCUAGAUCUUAUUAGAAUAAAUGAAGAAAAUUUAAAAAAAAUCCCCCCUCCGUGUAAAUUAAACAUAUUUGUUGUAACACGUUAAAAUUGUAUUUAAAUAUAUAAACAGAAUUGUUGGAUGACGCUUAAUAUAAACAAUAUCUAUAGAAAUAUACAAAUUGUAUUAUGAAAAAGUUCUUAAAAAAAAAACUGAAGUCUUAAGUAUGAGCUUUUUGAGUUCCAGUACACCUUCCAACUAUGCAUAAAUUGCAGUGCGUGCAUAAAAGUUGCUAUACUGAAUAGUUUUAUGAAGUCAACCAAAACUGGGUAACUUUGGUAAAAUGGUAAGUUAAGAUUAGAAGGCCGUUUUUAAAAAUACAUUAUACAUAUGCCCACUCACUCCUCACUGCUGUGCACUUUAUUGGGCUAAAAUAUAAAAUAAAUCUUAUGACGGUAUCCAAAUUAUUAGCAGUCAAUUUGGUUUUUUAAAUCGUAAAACUCCUCAAUAAAAGCAACUUAUAUCUCAGUCAGUUUGUCACACAGGGUUGCCAGUAUCACGUCACAAUGACAAUUUAGGGUUACUAUAUUUAAAAUAAAAUAAAACUGAUUGUGUUGCUGUAAAGCUUUUAAUGUAAAUAGUUAUGCUAUCCUUUACCUAAAUUUGCAUAAAAAAAAUAAGUGAAAAUUAAAUUAUAGUUAGUAUCCCUUUCUAUAAUUGAAGAAGUCAGGCCUAAUGCUCUUCAAGGAUAAAGUGGUAGCUUGAAGAGCGAUGUCAAAGGCUUAUGAAUGAUUUGAAACAAACAAAUACAACUGAAGGGUGCAGGAGAAUAACACAUGUAAUGUUCCUCCAAUGUUUUUACUGGUACUCAAAAUUUUAUAAGGUCUUAAUAAUAAAAUUAUGUCGAACUCAUCUCUAAUCUUUCUAUUCUCAUCGUCUUAAUAAUACAAAUAAUGAGAUUGAUAGAUAUGAUUAUAAUGUUAUCUUCAAUUACUAUACAAAAAGUUCGUGCAUAUUAAUUCAUUUGUUAUUCUCUUGUUACCUUUCGAUUAAUAAAACUCAACGUAAAUUAUAAUAGUUUUAUGUUUUUAUUAAUUAAAUCACGGAUACGACUAAAAAAGAUUGUUGAAUCAAAGUCGACCCUGGGAACGUUCCUACGGAGAAUCCUUUUAUUACGUUUAUUGUAUAAAGAAGCUAUGAAGUAGAAUUUGUAAUUGAAUAUGCAAUUUCGAAAAGGGCACAUGUCGCAUAUUUUGUCAAAUACGUUUUUUCAUAUACAUGUAGUUUUGAGGCUUACAUACACCCG